AUGACAACUGAAAGAGUGCCCUCGAAUUCUGUCCAGAGUAAUGUCGGCGACGAGGAUAUUGAUGCCAGAUAUGAUGGUUUCCACCAUGGGGCUAUCGCUGACCUGAGGUCUGAGGUAGCGUCCAUCCAAACCUUAGACCCGGACUUUUGUGUGUUCAUUGAAGAGAACGGCCGAACAUAUCAUGCAUACAAACCAGGAUGCUUGUUACUUGCUCAGUUCCCAGGAGUGGGGAGAAUUUUGGACGUAGGGACUGGCACAGGUAUUUGGGCCAUUGAAUUUGCCCGUCAAUACCCAGCUGCCCAAGUUAUUGGAGUUGACCUUAGCCCAAUGCAGCCUCAGCGUCAAUUUCUUCCGACAAAUGUACAGUUUCAGGUGGCUGACUUAGAGGAUCCUUGGACCUUUCCCAACAGAUUCGAUGUGGUUCACUGUCGCUCAGUGUUUCCGUGCUUAAAUGAUCCCGCCGGCCUCAUCAAACAGGCACAUGAUGCCUUGCUACCUGGCGGGAUUUUUGAGAUGCAAGAUAUGUCGUUUCGAUUCAAUUAUGACGAAGGAGGAACAUAUGCCUUCGGGACCGCGUUAGCGGACUGGGCAGGGAUGCUUCGCUUCACGGCCAGAAGAGCAGGAAAAGAUUGGACUUGUGCGGAAAGGUACAAGCAAGACAUGCAGAACGCGGGAUUUCAAGAUGUGCAGGAAACGGUUUAUAGGUGGCCAAUAAAUGGAUGGCCCACCGAUGCUGCCGAGCGACGGAGGGGGAGGAUCAGCCAGGAGAACCUUCUUUCGGCACUGGAAUCGUUGUCAUAUGCUCCCAUGACCCGGUAUCUAAACAUGUCGAAGGAGGAAGUCGAUGCCAUUCUUAUCGAUGUGGAAAAGGAGAUCAACGACACAAAAAUACCUGCUUACCUUCCUAUAUAUGUCGUUCAUGGCCGAAAGCCUUGCUCUGACCCGGGAGUAGGCGGAGUGUAA